GGCUUGCUGUGGGGCUGCGGGGCUGGCCUUUCUUCUCCCGUGCUCGUGAAGCCCCGUGUCAAACAAAGCAACGUGCACGCCCAGCCGCGUGGGGAUGGGCGCGGAGCGGGGAGGGACACGGCCCCCGCUCCUGUGAGAGGAUGCAAAGGCAAAGGCAGCAGCGCUGAGACAAGCCUGGCCAAGGAGCCCCUCUUCCCCCGCCAGCUCCGCAGCCGCUGCUUGGCUCAGCCUGGGCUCUGCUGCUGUCGCUCCCCGCAAGCCCGCGGCGCGCGCCUGCCCCGGGACCCGGCCGCGUUCGAACGCAGCCCGGGAGGAGCCUCGCGCCCCCUCCUCGCCCGGCGCAGGUGGCGGCGGCGGCGGCGGCGUCUCCUCAGUGGGCGAGAGCGAGCGAGCGAGCGCAGCCGCCCGCCCCAGCCGGGCUCCUCAGGCGCGCGCUCCUGCCGGAGAGGGGAGGAGGAGGGAGCGCGGCGGCGGCGGGCGGCGGCGGCGGCUGUGACUGUAUCGUCUCCAGCCCCGGCCGGCGGCGGAUGUGCCAAGCAGCAGCCGCCGCACCGGAGCGCCGCUGCUGAGCCUGGCAGAGCCGCGGAGGAGGCGGGAGGCGAUCCAGAGACUUUGCCUCCCUAGAACAGGCGGUGGAAGGGGAGCCAGCCGCUCCCCUCGCCGCCAGGCAGUUGUCCCACGGCGGUACCACAACACAAAGCGAAGGAUGCUGCCGCUGGGCAAGGUCGGGACCUUGCAUUGAAGCCCGGGGGCGCCGCACACCCCUUCCCCACCGCACUGAGGAUUUGCCUUUUAUUUGCUGUGCAUGCCUGGGAAAAGGCACGCAGGGUCGACGCCGUUCGGAGCUAUGCCUGUGCCAGACCAGCCCUCAUCUUCUGACAAGACAAGUUCCCUUAGCCCUGUGCUGAAUACAUCCAAUGGGGACGGUUCUGAAACAGAGACAACCUCUGCUAUUCUAGCUUCAGUUAAGGAACAGGAGCUGCAGUUUGAGAGACUGACUCGAGAACUUGAGGCUGAACGCCAGAUUGUAGCCAGCCAACUGGAGAGAUGUAAACUUGGAUCAGAGACUGGAAGCAUGAGCAGCAUUAGUUCAACAGAAGAGCAGUUUCAUUGGCAAACGCAAGACGGUCAGAAGGAUAUAGAGGAUGAGCUCACAACUGGACUUGAGCUGGUGGACUCCUGUAUUAGAUCACUGCAGGAGUCAGGAAUACUUGAUCCACAGGACUAUUCAUCUAGUGAAAGGCCCAGCCUUCUAUCCCAGAGUGCACUUCAGCUCAAUUCCAAACCCGAAGGGUCUUUCCAGUAUUCAGCGAGCUACCAUAGCAACCAGACCCUUGCCCUGGGUGAAACAGCAACAUCUCAGCUCCCAUCCCGCAGCAGUCAAGCCAGAGCUGCCAUUCAGAGCUACAGCCAGGGCACAACUAGUCGAGCAGCCCAUUUAGCUGGAUCUGAGCCUUCUCAGUCAAGAGAGUCCUUUGUGCCAAGCCAUGGGAGCGCGUUCCAUUUGCCUGAUUCCCAGCAUUCUUCUACACUUUAUUAUUCCAGCUCCACUCUGCCAGCCCAAAGAGUGAGCUCCCCGCUGUCCAUGCAGCAGGUGGGCUCUCCAACCAAGCUCCAGCGGGUGGGUUCAGCAUCGGAGAGCGCUGGAUACAGCACUACGCAGCGGGUCUCUUCUCCCAAGCAGUCUCCAAGCCGACUAGCCAAGUCUUACAGCACCAGCUCACCAAUCAAUAUUGUUGUGUCUUCAGCUGGACUUUCUCCUUCCCCAAUUCGUGUGACGUCUCCACCCACCAUCCAGUCUAAUAUUUCCUCCUCUCCUAUACAUCAGCUAAGCUCCACCAUUGGCACUUAUGCUACUCUGUCUCCUACCAAACGGCUGGUCCACACAUCAGAUCAGUACAGCAAGCAUUCCCAGGAACUAUAUGCCACUGCUACCCUACAGAGACCUGGCACCCUAGCAGCUGGGUCUCGGGCAUCUUACAGCAGCCAGCACAGCCACCUUGGCUCCGAAUUAAGGGCGCUGCAGUCUCCAGAGCACCAUAUAGAUCCUAUUUAUGAAGAUAGAGUGUAUCAGAAGCCCCCUAUGAGGAGUCUCAGCCAGAGUCAGGGGGACCCUCUGCAACCAGCACAUACAGGCACUUACCGCACUAGCACGGCCCCAUCUUCCCCUGGUGUCGACUCCGUACCCUUACAGCGCACAGGCAGUCAGCACGGCACACAGAAUGCAACAUCGACCUUCCAGAGGGCCAGCUAUGCUGCAGGCCCAGCCUCCAAUUACGCAGACCCCUACCGACAGCUGCAGUUUUGUCCUUCUGUUGAAUCACCAUACAGCAAAUCUGGGCCAGCCAUCCCACCUGAAGGGACCUUGGCUAGGUCACCUUCCAUUGAUAGCAUUCAGAAAGAUCCAAGAGAGUUUGGAUGGAGAGAUCCAGAACUUCCUGAAGUUAUACAGAUGUUACAGCAUCAGUUCCCCUCAGUACAGUCCAACGCUGCAGCCUACUUGCAGCAUCUCUGUUUUGGAGACAAUAAAAUAAAAGCAGAGAUAAGAAGACAAGGAGGAAUACAAUUACUGGUGGACCUGUUGGAUCAUCGAAUGACAGAAGUCCACCGUAGUGCCUGUGGAGCUUUGAGAAACUUGGUGUAUGGGAAAGCAAAUGAUGACAACAAAAUUGCUCUGAAAAACUGUGGUGGUAUCCCAGCAUUAGUACGGUUACUCCGGAAGACUACAGAUUUGGAAAUCAGAGAAUUGGUCACAGGAGUUCUCUGGAAUCUAUCCUCGUGUGAUGCACUGAAAAUGCCAAUCAUCCAGGAUGCCCUUGCAGUGUUGACUAAUGCAGUGAUCAUCCCUCACUCGGGAUGGGACAACUCGCCCCUACAGGAUGAUCACAAAAUACAGCUCCAUUCAUCACAGGUGCUGCGCAAUGCCACUGGGUGCCUAAGGAAUGUCAGCUCUGCUGGAGAGGAGGCCCGCAGAAGAAUGAGGGAGUGUGAUGGACUUACUGAUGCAUUGCUGUACGUGAUUCAGUCUGCUCUUGGGAGCAGUGAAAUUGAUAGCAAGACCGUUGAAAACUGUGUAUGCAUUUUGAGGAACCUCUCAUACAGGCUCGCUGCAGAAACAUCUCAGGGACAGCAGAUGGGAACAGACGAACUCGAUGGGUUACUGUGUGGUGAUGCUAAUGGCAAAGAUACAGAGAGUUCAGGUUGUUGGGGCAAGAAGAAGAAGAAAAAGAAAUCCCAAGAUCAGUGGGAUGGAGUAGGACCUCUUCCAGACUGUGCAGAACCACCAAAAGGAAUCCAGAUGCUGUGGCACCCUUCAAUAGUCAAACCCUACCUCACACUUCUCUCUGAGUGCUCAAAUCCAGACACACUGGAAGGAGCAGCAGGUGCACUGCAGAACUUGGCUGCAGGAAGCUGGAAGUGGUCAGUGUAUAUCCGUGCUGCCGUCCGCAAAGAAAAAGGCCUGCCGAUCCUGGUGGAGCUACUUCGAAUAGACAAUGAUCGGGUGGUAUGUGCAGUUGCUACAGCUUUACGAAACAUGGCCUUAGAUGUCAGAAAUAAGGAGCUAAUAGGCAAGUAUGCCAUGCGGGACCUGGUCCACCGACUUCCAGGAGGUAACAACAGCAACAGCUCAGCAAGCAAGGCCAUGUCGGAUGACACUGUUACUGCCAUUUGCUGCACUCUGCAUGAAGUCAUCACUAAAAACAUGGAGAAUGCCAAGGCCUUACGGGAUGCAGGAGGCAUUGAGAAGCUGGUUGGCAUUUCCAAGAGUAAAGGAGACAAGCACUCACCAAAAGUGGUGAAAGCAGCAUCUCAGGUCCUAAAUAGCAUGUGGCAGUACAGAGACCUGAGAAGUCUCUACAAGAAGGAUGGAUGGUCACAGUAUCACUUUGUAGCCUCAUCUUCAACAAUAGAGAGGGAUCGGCAAAGACCAUACUCUUCAUCACGCACGCCCUCCAUUUCUCCAGUGCGCAUGUCUCCUAAUAAUCGCUCAGCAAGUGCCCCAGCCUCACCGCGGGAAAUGAUCAGUCUAAAAGAAAGGAAAACAGACUACGAAUCAACUGGAACAAAUGCUGCUUACCAUGGUAAUAAAGGAGAACACACUUCCAGGAAAGACAGCAUGACAGCUCAAAAUGCUGGAAUCUCAACUUUGUACAGGAAUUCUUAUGGUGCACCUGCUGAAGAUAUCAAACACAACCAGGUUUCAACACAGCCAGUUCCACAGGAGCCCAGUAGAAAAGAUUAUGAACCGUAUCAGCCGUUUCAGAAUUCGACAAGAAACUAUGAUGAGUCCUUCUUUGAAGAUCAAGUGCAUCAUCGCCCACCUGCAAGCGAAUACAACAUGCAUCUGGGACUAAAAUCAACAGGCAACUACGUAGACUUCUAUUCAGCCGCUCGUCCCUAUAGUGAACUUAACUAUGAAACAAGCCACUAUCCAGCUUCUCCAGAUUCCUGGGUUUGAGGCUUGGGCAAGACACAAAUGCUCCAGGAACUGUGCAUGUGCAUGCAUACCACAAGACAUUUUUUCCCUGCAAAUUUAGUUUGUUAAAGCCUGUUCCAUAGGAAGGCCCUGAUAACCAGUAUGGGAAAUUUAAGAUAUUUUAGAAGGCUAAAAGAAAUGAAAGUUAAACAUGGAAGUCAUUAGAAAGAUAAAUAUAUAUAUAUAU